UGCUAUAAAUCUUGGGGGUCCGAGCUGCAAAGGGAUACAAGCGCGUGACAGCCGCGGCCAGCUAGCCAGGGGACAGACGGGCGGCAGUGGCGGCGGCGGGCUGCUCCUGGCGGGGGGGGGGGAGAUCCGGAGGAGCCUGGCUCGCCCAGGGCUGAGCUGCUCGCCCCAGACAGCGCGCAGAGAGCCCGGGCGGGACCUCCCGGCUUUGCCAUUGCACCGCCAGCUCACCACGCGGGGCGCGCACCAGCCUGCAAGUUCCUGCUGCCUUAUAAAGUUUAUAUUGUGCCUGAAACCAACCUGCAACUGAAGAGAUCAAGAUGAGCCUUAAUUCAUCUACCGAAGGGACUGUUAAAAGAAUCCAUGUUGACUGCCCAGUUUCAGGAAGGCAUGCCUAUAUAUACAUUAUGGUUCCAACUGUUUACAGCAUCAUCUUUAUUGUAGGCAUAUUCGGGAACAGCUUGGUAGUCAUUGUCAUUUGCUUCUACAUGAAAUUAAAGACUGUGGCUAGUGUCUUUCUGUUGAAUUUAGCCCUAGCUGACUUGUGUUUCCUAAUGACAUUGCCACUGUGGGCAGCCUACACAGCCAUGGAAUACCACUGGCCUUUUGGCAACUGUUUAUGUAAAAUAGCAUCAGCUGUGGUAAGUUUCAACCUGUAUGCCAGUGUGUUUCUACUCACAUGUCUUAGCAUUGACCGUUACCUGGCUAUAGUACAUCCAAUGAAGUCCCGACUUCGGCGCACCAUGCUUGUUGCCAAAAUAACUUGCAUCGGCAUCUGGCUGCUAGCAGGACUGGCUAGUUUGCCUGUCCUAAUUCACCGUGAUGUAUUUUUUGUCGAGAAUAUGAAUAUGACAAUUUGUGCUUUUCGGUACAAGACCCAUAAUACAACACUGCCUGUUGGGCUAGGUUUAUCUAAGAACAUGUUGGGUUUUUUAAUUCCCUUUUUGAUAAUUUUAACAAGCUACACCUUAAUCUGGAAGACACUGAAGAAGGCUUACCAAAUUCAGAAAAACAAGACCAGAAAUGAUGACAUUUUUAAGAUGAUUGUGGCAAUAGUACUUUUCUUCUUCUUUUCCUGGAUUCCUCAUCAAGUGUUUACAUUUCUGGAUGUAUUAAUCCAGCUACGUAUCAUAACAGAUUGCCAAAUUGUUGAUGUUGUGGAUACAGCUAUGCCCUUCACCAUCUGCAUAGCUUACUUCAACAAUUGCUUGAAUCCCUUUCUUUAUGGUUUUUUUGGAAAAAAAUUUCAAAAAUAUUUCCUGCAGCUACUAAAAUACAUUCCACCAAAUGUCAGAGCACAUCCAAGUCUAACAACAAAAAUGAGCUCCCUUUCCUAUCAACCAUCAGAAAACUUAAGUUUAUCCAUGAAAAAGACUAUUGGGUCUUUUGACAUUGAGUGAUGUCUUUUGUGCUAUAUGUUUCUAGAACAACCUUGCAUAUCAAAGUUCACGCACAGUCCUGACCAUCACAGCUUACUGCACAUUACUAAGACAUUAAAUCAUCUACUAGAAAUCAUCUUUGGAAGAUUUAGCAGUGGCCUUUUAUAUUGUCAAGAGGACUGUUUGUUAUUUUUAUUUGAAGCAACCCAAGAAGGUGGCAGUUGGAAGUCUUUUAGCAUCCUUCCUCAGAGCUCAGAACUUUGGAAGAAGCGUACAUGAUGCUCCUGGAAAGAUCUCAGAACUUAGGUUAAGGCAUGAUCAUUUGUGAAUUAUAUGAACUCUGCAGAAUUUACUUUCAACAUACAUAAGCAAUUCUAAGCUAACCAUUUGGAAUUGUUAUACAAAGUGUUGCCAGAGUCAAACAGAAUGUUUGUUUUCUUUCACAUGAUAUUUGGUGGGGAUGGUGGAGAACAGAGCUAUGUCUGAAAUAUGAAAAAUAUCCAUUUUUCCUUGAUACAAAUGUUGCGUAUCAUUACAUUUAUAAUAUACCCAGUUGGUGAAAAUAUAUAUAUUCUACAUAUGCAGGUCUCACUCCCAUCUCAGAUUGAGAUUUAAGGAUCAAGACUGUGUUCACAUACAUUUUUGCUAUUAUUAUUCAUUUUAAACAUGGCAAAAGUUUAUAUAAUAUAUGAAAUAAAAUGCAGUUUUAUUUAUUAAAUAUAUUUUUUUUAUAAAUCUAUAUUUCUAUUAGUUAUAUUCUAUACAAGGAAACAUUACUUUGUACACACACAUUUUUAUCACUAUGUUAAAUGUAGGUUGGGUAUUUUUAUGGCCAUAGUUUAUAUAUGAACCAGUCUUACUUUCACUGGACCAUGAAUAUCCCCUAUUGACUUCAGUGGGAUUACUCAUGGAAUAAAAUUUUACUUUAUGUGAGUAAGAGAAUCAGAAUCUGCCCCAUAUUAGCAAAAUAUGGAUAUCCUGUGAUAGAGGUCGUUAGCAAACUUUAAAGGAUCAGCCAAAAUUAUUUUCAUAGAAUAAUUACAGCACUAAAUGAAAAAUAAACACAUUAAUUCAAUCCACUCAGAACUUCUCAAACUCCUACAAAUGUUCCAUUUUCGUCAGUAUUUUUGGACACUCAAAACUCCACAAAGCAAAAAUGUAAUAAUACUUAUUGGGUCAAAUUCUGCUCUCAAUCAUAGAAAUGAAAAUGUACGAAUAAAUUUUGCUCUCAAUUUCUAUAUUUACACCAAAGUAAUUAUGAGCAGAAUUUGAUCCUGAUGGGCAUGGAAUUAUUCCCCUAUUUACAUCUGAAUAACUGAGAGCAACAUCUGGCCCAGUUAAAAAAAAAAAUAUUUGCAGACAGAUUCUUGCCGAUAAACCUCUAACUUUUAAAAUAAUUUUCUCACUAUAAAGGAUAUUUAAGCACUGGAACUGGUUACCUAAGGAGAUUACAGAAUGCCAGUCACUGAAGAUUUUUAAGAACAGGUUAGAUAAACAGUUGUCAGGGAUAGUCUAAGUAUACUUAAUCCUGACUCAGUGCGGGAGAUGGAUUAAAUGUCCUCUUGAGGUCCCUUCCAGCCCUACAUUUCUAUGAUUCUAUAAUUCUAAAUGAGAACAGUGACUCCUCUUUGAGGAAACCUAAACUAAUGACAUAACAUUUUCUUACCUCCUUUUUAAUUCACCUAAUAACUUUCCAGAAAACUUUGUUCAAUUCUAAUUUAAAAUUGUCUAAUCUCUGCAAAAGCAAAUCAUCUGUUUACAAAAUAGUCUGGCAGAGAAAGAUAAAAAUUGAAGAAAAAGUUCCUGAUAAUUUCAGAUGAAUGAUAUAAACAAAUACAUAACAGUGAGAUUAUUAUCCUAAAUGCAGUAUUUUCACAAAUUAGAGAUGACACAUUUAACUAGUUUUUGAGUCUGAUUGUGAGUUGUAGGAUUAUCCCUAACUUCUUAAUACAGAUAUUAUACACAGAGAAAUAUUAUUCCAGGAUUUAUUUUCACUGUGGAAAAUGAAAGGCACCAUUAUUGUUAUAUUAUUUAUUAUAUUGAUUUUAAUAUUAAAGUAUGGCUCAGAAUUAGACAAUGAAAUAUAUGUAAAUGAUAAUCACCUAAAUAAACUUUCUACUUAUGUAUUUAAUAUCUUACAUUUAGGCUAAAUCUGCUCUCAGAUUUGCACAUGAUAUUUAAUUAAAACCAAUGGGAGAUAUGUACCCGAAGGCAAAAUUUGGUCCAUUAUACUUUGAAUAGUAUCCAAAGUAGUUGCAUUGCAUUAAAUACUCAAUAAGUUGAAGCAGGAGUAUUAGAUUUUGA